GUUAUACUUUUCUGUAUCUAUUUGUCUCAAAUGAACUACUUUUCAAGAUUCAUUAAUCUUUUGCCCCCCUUUUGGGAAAUUUUCUACUUCUUUUUAUACCAUCUGUGUCCUCCUUCCUCACCUACUAAUAAUACUUUUCAAUCCCCUCUCCCUUCCCCACCCCCUCUUAAUCCCUCAAAUAAAUUAUUUCACUGCUGAUGAAGGAUUUCUGCAUAUAAACAUGCAUGGGAAUAUGCAUGAAUAUAUGCAUAAAGUUUGAAGAAGAGAAAUUCUGAGGUAAAUAUGGUAGAUUUUGAAGCUACCAAUCUCAUCCAGAAGCUGCAAACUUGAACUCACUGCUGCAUACAACUUCUUUCAUGGACUCAAUAUUUCAGCAAAGUGAAGGAGAACGCGCCGCCUUUCUCCAACAUAUGAUGCAAUCUUUUGGUUGCAGUUAUAUUUGCCUUUGGUCUUUCUUACCGCAGCCAGACAAAUGCUUAAUAUAUUUGGAUGGAGCAUACCACGAACGAAGCAGCCAAGCAAGUUCAUCGUCUGGAAGUAGUCUUGUUCGGAGGCUUUUCGACGCAUACUGUCAAUCACCAUACUAUGUCGAUAACGGGAGGGUUCCUGGAAUUGCUUUCAAGAAUAAUCUUCCUUACAUGGAGCUGAAUUUACAAGACCUUCUAGGAAUGGUAUCCAACGAAGUUCAGAUGCAAUUUUAUGUGGCAGCUGGGAUUAAGAAUGUUGUGUUUAUGGGGUGCGCCAAGGGAGAGAUCGAGCUUGGCAUGUCCGGUGACGCUCGAGUGGGUUUGGAAAUGGAGGUGAAAAAUUGGUUCCCUCUUGAUUUCUCUAGACAACUAGAACCUAGAGAGGAUCCUCAGAAAACAGAUCAAAAGCGAGGUUCAUCAUCUUCGUCAUCUCUGAGGUCAUUGUCAGUCGACAGUUCCGAGUACUCUUCUCUACUUUUUAACAUUCCGGCCGCUUCUUUCAUUCUACCAGAGGCCUCAAAAGCCCCUCUUGUUGAGAACACGACUGCUCUCGGAUUAUUAACGGUCCCAUCAUCUUCAAUCACAACUAGCCCUCUUCACGAAGCCAUCCAUAGCUUAACCCAAAUGCGAAGCAAUCAACUUCCAACGGUAGAAAACGAAGAUGCAGCAAUAACAAAGGCAAUUCUUGCUGUAUUAUCUUCGGAUACUUCAUCAACGCCGCUUUAUCAAACGACGCAAAAUAUCCCUCACAUUCCUCCAAUAAUAAUCCAUAACCCUAGUGCAUUUUCAAGUUACAGGCAGGGUAUAUCCUCCACAUUAAUACCAAUUGCAGCAAGAACCAGCAAAAAACAGAAUUUGUUAAGGAGAGCAAUGUUAUUCUUCAGAAACUUGGACAUUAUCCGAAGGCAACAAGAACAAGUCCAAGUCGGAAAACACCCCUCGAUGACGCAAUUACACCACAUGAUAUCUGAACGAAGAAGACGCGAAAAAUUAAAUGAAAGCUUUCAAAUUCUGAGAUCGUUUCUCCCCCCAGGAUCAAAGAAGGAUAAGGCUUCAGUGCUUAACAACACUGUAGAAUACUUGAGUUCAUUGAAAAAACAGGUGGAAGAACUUGGUAAGAAAAACCAGAUAUUGGAAGCUCAGAUUUUGCCUCCAAGAUCAGAAGCCAUUGGAGAUGAUCCUAAUCAAAUGAGGGGUUCUUCAUCAGUUGAAAGGCUGACAAAUGUUCAAAUUACGCGUGUUUCGACUUCAACGUCGGAAUCAAGAAUGUUGGAUGUGAAUGUGACAAUAAAUGGAGAAUGCAGCUUGCUAGAUUUGGUUAUUCGCAUCACAGAGUUCUUGAAAUCACAGAAUAACUUAAGCUUGAUGACUAUAGAAGGCAACACCAGACCAAUGGGAGAAUCGACUAAUUCAGUGCAUGGAAUCAUGUUCAGAUUGAGAAAUGAGGGAGAAGAUUUUGACGAGUCUAGUUUCCAAGAAGCUGUAAAAAGGCUCGUUGAUGACGAGACAAGGUGACCAGGACCAGCCACCUGUCAUGUUCCACUGUGGCGGCGGCGCUGGGCUGAAGUAGUGUGGUGGUUCAUCAGUUUUUCCACUAAAAGUUUAGGUUUUGCAAUUUCAAACAUAUGACUUAUUACUUGUUUGUUCCACAAUUUUGGUAGAGUUAUCUUAUAAAAAAUCAGUUAAUUCCAUAAGUUUCUAUCUCGUUCAUGAACUUAUAUUGUAAAUGAAUUUGUUCUAACAAC